AUGUAAAAUAAAACCUUGGCGGAAACUAAUAAAAAAAUGAAAGAACGAGUUCCUGAUGGAAUAUUUGAUCUUUGUGAUGAAUUUCCUGUUAAUGAUAAAGAAGUUUCUUUUGAAGAAUAUUUUUGGAUAGAAAAUUAUCUUAUAUCUCCAAAUUUAAAAUAUAUUGCCAUUUUUGUAAGAAGAAAUGAAUAAAGAAUUGGAAGCUAUUCGCAUGAAGAAUAUAUCAUUUUCGUUCAUUCUUUAAUAGAUAAUAAAAUCAUUUAUUAUGGAGAAUAUAUAGAGAGUAAGCUAAAAAUAAAUAAUUAUUUUUUUUCACAUGAUUCUUAAUAUUUAAUACAUCGAAAAACUAAGAAAUUACUUUAUAUUAAACUUUUUGGUAAUUAAAUUAUAAAAAAAAGAAAAAUUGAAUCAAAAAGAUUAUUCUCUUGUGAUUCUGAUGGAAAUAUAACCUUAUUAAAAAAUAAUUCUAUUGUACAAAUAAUAUAAUUAUAAAGUGAUAAAAUAUAAACAGUUUAAUUAAAAUGUGAAAUAUCUUUUUUUUAAAUCUUAUUUACUAAAUAUGCAUAUGUAGAAUCUAAUAAUAAAAUCUUUAUAAUUAAUAUUGAUACAUAAAAAAUCCUUAUAAGUUGGACUAACAAUAAAUUAACAAAAAAACCUAAAAGAAUAUUUUGGUCAAAGUUAAUACUGCAAGGUAAAUCAUUUUCUAGUACUCUAAGAAAUUUACAGACAGGUAAAAUAAUAAGAAGUAUAAAACCUAAAUUUGGAUUUAGAUCAAUAUCAUAUGACUAGUCAUCUAUAUAUUUGUUUUAGAUUGUAAAAAGAAAAUAGAAAAAGAAUAGUUUUUCUCGAUUUGAUAUUUUAAAAGGAGUUUAUAGACAAUUAAAUAUAAAUAUAACUCCAAUUAAAUAUCUAUAAACCUUGAAUAAUGAUUAUUAUAUAGAUGUUGAAGAUGUUGAAGAAGUUGAUGAUGAUGAAGAUAAGAUAAAGAGAUUGAGAUAUUUUAACAUCUCUGAAUUAACAAAAUGA